UGUAUCAGGUCGAAUGACACUCCUCAAAAGCGUAGGAACAAGCGUAGAUCGAUACAAUGUGAAUUAAUUUAAAGCUUAAUAAAUGGGUAGUAUGGAUAUUAACUUAAUUGAAUGGAUGUCACAGAUUCCUGAGAAAUUAUGGAACACACCUCUGUCAGAAAUUGCUAUACCAGGAUCCCAUGAUUCGUUUAGCAGCCAACUUAACCCAAACUCCGAAAUAGGCCCAGAUGCUCCUCCGGCUAUUAGACUUUUAGGACCAGUAGCUAAAGGAAUACUUCUCAAAUGGAGUGUUACACAGACUUUAAACCUCAAACAACAGCUUAUGAAUGGCAUUAGGUAUUUUGAUUUCCGAGUUGCAUCACGGAACGGGACAGACCAAAUACAUUUUAUCCACAAUCUGUACGGGACAUCAGUGGCAGAUGGGCUCGAUGAACUAAUUGAGUUUUUAGAUAUAAACAAAAAGGAAAUAGUUAUAUUGGAUUUUAAUCACUUUUAUGGAAUGGGUGAUGAUCAGCAUAUUAAGUUCUUGGAAAUGCUUUUAGAGAAGUGUGGUGAAAAAUUGUUUAUGUUUGUAGGAAUGGAGAGCUUGACUUUGAAUAUGCUUUGGGAAAAUGGCCUUCAGAUUAUCAUUAUGUAUCAUAAUGAGAUAGCGAAAGAGAUGUGUCAGUUUUGGCCUGGAUACACAUGCAAGUCACACUGGGCUGAGACAACAGAUAUGAAAAACAUGUUUACUUUUCUUGACAGAGUAAAGCAUAGUGAAAAUGUGAAGCGUUUUAAUGUUUGUCAAUGUGUUCUUACACCAAACAUCGGCUUCAUACUAGGCAACCUGAACGGAUCAUUGUUGGAAAAUAUUGCAAAAGAUGUUAUGCCUGAAGCUAUAAGAUGGGUCAAGCAGCAAAGAAGGGGAACGUCUGGUGUUAAUAUUGUUACAACCGAUUUCAUAGAGCUUGGCGACUUUGCUAAAUCCGUGAUAAGUUUGAACUUUUCAUGAAGGACCAUUUGCGUUGCGACAUCGUAUGUUUUAUAUCCUGGGAACAUUGAUUUAAAUUUAAAUAUUGUUUUUUGUUCAUAUUAUAUGUGUCUUAUAAAUUUUGUUACACUUUUUGUAGGAUGAUUGGUCAAUGUCCGGGAGAAAACCAGUAGUACCAUCGAUGAAUAAAAAAAUUGUUGAUAUGUCCUUAAUUUCGUUCUCCUACCAUCAAUCAUCAGAAUCAGUGUUGAAUAUUUUUAGGUUCAAUUAAGUAAAUGUAAACUGUUGAUGUUAUUUAUUAAUUCGCGUGUUUCAUGUACAUGAAUGUUUUUCUAAUUUUCUGUACGAAUAAAUGUUAUGGUCUUCAGAAAUACAUGUAAAAGUAUCUAUAAACACUCCCUUCUCAUAAAACAAACAAAGACACAACGCGAAUAUUUAACUUAUUUAACAUGUGUUCCGGUUAGCAUGGUCUUUUUCAUGUUUUUUUAGCAAAUCGUCAUUAAUAUGUCAGAAUACUUAUAAAAUUAUGUUAGGGGUCACUUUUUGUUUAGAAGAAAAACACGAGAGUCAAUACCGAUAUUCUUACUGUGUGGAGGUCACAAUGAUUGACUGUGGUAGUAAAUAUUCCUUUAAAAUAACCGCACAGUGAUAACUAC